GAAACCAAUCGAUAUAUCGAUAUGAAUGAAUACAUUCGAUAUUUAUUGUUUGUUUACCACACGCCGGCUAAGUUUUAUUAGAAUUUAAAUAAAUUUUUUGUAGUGAUUUUACACUGAUUUAGCAUUCAAAAAUUGACCAUGUCACAGCUGAUGCCACCAGAGAAUCUAAGCAGCCGCGUGCUUAGUGUUUUGAGUCUUCCGCUGCUGGAACGCAUUCAGGAACUAAGUAUCCUGUUCGACAGAUGCUCCCUUCGCCAGAUCCAGGAAAUAUAUCCCCACAUCGUGCACUCCGUUUUCGGGAUUAAUGGCAAUCCCUUGGGUUGGGGCUUGCGGACAACGACGCUGGAGAACAAUCCAUUGCAGUUCCAAGUGUUGCACCAGUUUUUCGGAAUCUGUGGGUCUUGGAUGCAUCUGUGUCACCGGCUCUUGGCUGAUCAGUGCAAAUUCGAGCUGGAUGUUAGCCUGUUGCCAGCAAAAUUUGUGAGCAUGCUGCAAGCAGGACAAAAUCCCAUGUUCUACGGGGAUCUGAUAAAUAUGGACCCCCUGAGGAACCAGUUGGGAACGCUUUCGCUAAAUGCCUUCGAUUUCUACAUUAUUCACUUCGUAUUGUACGCCCUACAACCCCUUCACUCCAUCAAUCCCAUUGCUAUGCAGAUUCACAACGUUCGAAGCAAAACGGUGUAUCUGAAGCUGGUAUCCGAGUAUCUUAACAACUUCCUGCCCCUGUUUCCAGAUGCACGAAUAGAGCCUGUUCAUUUUAGUAGUGGUGUAAAGGCACCCCAGCCUCUACCAGUACAGGCCCUUCAGCCACUAAGGCAACCACGGUACCUUAAAAUACCCUCGUCGUUCCUUAACGGUGGAAAUGUGUCUGGUGUUGGAGGUAGCUCCACCAGCAAUGCCAGCGCUGGUAACACAUCACCGCAGUCGAGUGGCGCCAGCACAAGUGCUGCUCGAGCGUAUGCCUGGCGCUCCGAGAGCGUGCUGCACUUUUUUGUGGACAUUUGGCUGCGCUAUGACAUAGAGUCGGAGCGCCAUCUUCCAAGCAGCGACUUUGUACGCGGCGUGCGCACCCUAGUGAAGCAGAUCCAUUUCUUUGCUAACGGUGCCUCGCAGGAUCACAGUUCGCUUUGUUGUUUACGUAAAGUAUCCUCGAGCAUGGUGAAAUCUCGGAUCUACGCCUUCAUUUGCGGCCUGAUCGACCGGUGGCCUCUGGAUAGCUCUUUAAUGGUAGUGCUGGAGCUGUGGUUAAGCUAUAUACAACCGUGGCGCUAUACCAUGGCAGCUUUGAACAACAAGACUUCUGGCCUCGCCUACCUUCCCCCAAUUUCACCCUGCUUUGAUGGCUUCAUCAUCGACAACCUUAUAAUGUAUACGCACAUCUUCAUACAGCUUCUGCCACGGUUCGAACGUCUGGAUUACACUGUGUACCGAAAUGCUUUCAUGCUCUACCGCCUGGCCACGAUGUUUUCCCAAAAUGAUCUAAUUGAUCGCCUUCAGCGGUACGAGCGCCUCAAUGCGGGCAACUCAUACGGCUUUGACUCUCCCCAGCGGCAAGUCAACAUGAUGAAUAAAUCACUUUCCCCAGGCGUUCACUGGACUCCGGUUGUCAGUACCCAAUUUCCAAAGCUAUUUAGCGAGCCCAUGCAGUUGCACAUGGAAAACUUCCUGCUCCUGAUUAGCAUGAGCCGGAACUCCAUUCUCAGAGAUAUGGCUGCUCUUCGGAAUCAGAUUGCCGAGAAACAGCGGUCCGACGGGUUCCUUAUUAAUUUUUUCAAUAAGCUGUUUGGCGAAAGCACCCAGGACGAAGUGACGCUACGCGAAUUCAGUCGUAUACCAGAAGUUCUUCGUCAGUGUAUAGACGCUUUUUGUCGGACUUUUAAUGUUGAUCAAGCGAAUUUGUCUUUACAUGAGAACAUGCCUGAGGAGGCAUGUCCGCCGGUCUCCUCGAUCACCACGCAAAAGUUUAGUUUCUUUGACGAUAGCGACUCGUUAGAUACAUCCAAGCUAAACCCGCAUCAAAUGUCUCUGAAUGCCUCCAAUAUUCAGUCCACCAUUGAUCCGGCGCUACUGCCCAUCCAGACAAAUGAAUGGAAGCCCCUAGUAAGGCUGCUACAUAUCCUUUCGGAAAAAAUCAACAAAAAGUAUGGCAGCCAAAUCCAAGCGUACUACACCCGCGAUGACUACUGUGGCAAGGUUGCAAGGCAGCUGUUGUAUGCCCCCAUGACGGAGCAGUGGUUUGACAAGCGUUCCGGAAACACCGACCUCUGCGAAAGGUUGGUUCCCCCUCGCGUCUGUCUGCGUCAGCUGGGCUCCAUUCCCGUUCUCGUCACGAUCGGCGGAGCACUGCUUAUUGGGCAAAUGCUGUGGGGUUCCCCAAUCUUGGGACUUUUUCUUUUGAGCUCUUUAGUCAUUGGCUAUAACCUGAUGUUGGCGCUGUUUUCAUAGAUCUGAUAAUAGUUGUGACUUUUAUAUAUGUAUUUGUAUAAAACUAAGAAAACUACGACUACGAUUAA